AUGAAUGUGAGCUUCAACGGCGUAUUGAUGACGGAGCAAAGCAAUGCCUAUCACCACAAAGCCUACGUAGAAAGAAUGUUGAAUUACAGUCGUGAAGAAGGAAAAACCACCCUGGCUGCUCAAGGAUGGGUCAAUGAACUGAAUGUGCGUGCUUCAUUAACCCCUACCAAUGCUGGUACUAAUGAUAAGCCCAAUCCCAGUGACUGGGAUGGAAAAACAGGGCUCAAGGCCUUGACCCGCCGUUUGCUAGGCAAAACGUAUCAUACCUUUAUGAUCAAACCUCAUGUGGCUGUCUUCAGAACAGGCAAAUGUCUUGUGCCAGGAGUUCAAAUUGAUCUAGAACUCUAUUUGAACGACAGUAACCUGUUUCUCUUUGGAACGCCAGACACGACCACCUCCGUAGGCAAAAAGAUUCCCACCCUAGAAGACAAUGACAUCUUUGUCACUCUCUGGAUGAAAAAAGUCACUCUCAAUGCCUCCGUGUAUACCAGACUGCAGAAAGAACGUAGCCUUAGUAAAACCAAGAAAGUACAAUAUCCUGUGGUUCGCAGUGAAAUCAGAACCUAUUCGUUUGAUGGCAAUAGCACCCGUUGGGAACAAGACAAUGUUUUCGUGAACAAAAUUCCUGGGAAGGUCAUUAUAGGAUUAAUGAAUUCCACCAAUUACCAUGGAAGUCUGCAACACUACCCCUUUGCCUAUCAAAAGUUUGGGGUGACCCGAGUCCGACAGACGAUUGACGGCGAAGAGUACCCGUACAGAUCCCUGGAACUCACAGGCAAUACCAAAGCAGAAGAUUUGGUAGGGUAUGACCGAUUCCUUACUGCCUCUGGGGCCUACAAACAUCAUAAAAUACCUAUGAUGCGGCCAGGGGAUUGGGGACAAGGCAAAAAUUGCACCCUGUUCAUGUUCAACAAUGUUCCAGGCGAUGCAGAUGACCCUGAGUACAGAAAUCCCAGACUCACAGGCAAUGUCCGCUAUGAAAUUGACUUCCGGGCAGCGGUGGGUCACAACAUUACCGUGGUGAUCUGGAGCGAGUAUGAAAAUAUCUAUGAAAUAGACCAGUGGGGCGGAAUUCUUUAUUCUGUCAACAGCUAAGAUGGAGUUCGUAGCUCUGAGUGAUACGGUCCUGAACCACUUAGCCAGACAAGAUCCUGACUUGAACAAAGUGUUUCGAGGGGUGUUUCCAGCGGACAAGUUACCGACCGUUCCCAAAACGAGAGUCUUGAGUGAUGCUUACAUUGUCAACACAGACCCCGAAGGUCAACCUGGGGAACAUUGGUUAGCUAUUUGGACGCGAAACCGAGUGUGUGAAGUCUUUGAUAGUUAUGGUUUGCCCUUAUCCACUUACAAGAACCCACAGUUACAAGCUUGGUUCAAGCAAUGGAAAGAAGUCAUUACCAGUGAUCAUACCCUGCAAGCCAUGGACAGUCAAACCUGUGGACAUUAUGCGCUCUUGUUUUUAAAAGCCAAAGCCAGGAAUGAAUCCUUUCAAGAUUUUUUAGCGCAAUGGAACUCGCAAAAUUUAGUAUUAAAUGAUCGUCGUGCGGGUGAAAAGAUUCAACGUCUAAUUAAGACACAGCUGUCGAGAAAAGAAUUAAGUUGUCAACAAUCCAAUGUAAGCCGUUGCGCCUUUUGCUAUUUUUAUGAUUUACAAUAAAUAUGUGUACCCAACUCUGUGUCUUUCAUUCUUGAACAUGUUAACCCGUGGGGAUGAGCAAAACGCCAUAGAGGGAUUGGCUUUUACGCAAGCCCAUAUCUAUUUGUUGUAUCAAUGGUACUGUCAUUGUCAUUGGCCCUUGGGUACUUUACAAGACUGGGUGGAGAUUAUGACCCUUGCCAGAUCUCAUCAAUGGUCUGCAUUAAACACCUUUCUGUUGGACAAACCAGUCCUUAAAAAGGUGGUGUUUACUACCCUAGCCUUAGUCUCUCCCAGACUGUAUCGUGUGUACUUUCAGCAUGAUUACACGUCAGGAUUCCCGUCGAGUCUAUGAGGCCUUUGCCAAAGCCAAGGUACUGUAUAUGAGUCAACAUCCCUGGCAGAAUUUUGACCAAGACCAAUGGGAUGAGUCUCAUUGGAAGCAGGCGGUUCAGUUGGCUCAACAACAAGCUUGGGAGGCCAUGAAACACUAUAUUGAAUGGAUGGGCGACACCUAUUUAAGAGAACACAUGCAACUGAUUGUUCAAUUAGCUUCUCCGCGUUUGUAUCAUACACUAUGGGGCGAAAACGACGCACUGUGAGGCGAACACGACGCCAACGUCAAAAAGGGGGCGCCCGAUUUAAAAGAAAACCCCGUUUAGUGGAUAAAAUUGCCGAAGGCGUAGCCAUGGGUUUAUCGGGACCCUCUCCCAGUUUUGCUAAAAUGGGUGCUUUUUUAGCCAAGCAAGCUUUCAAGGGUAUAAAAGACAACGUCCGUCAUUAUCAGAGAGGCAAAGGACUUGGCACCGUCUUAUCCACAGCCGCCAAAAUUGGGUAUAAAUUGGGCAAGGACAAAGGCUAUAAACGUAUGGGUGCAGUGGGAGCGACUGGUCAUUACACUCACUUUCGUAAACCGUGGGAAACAUGAUUCGUCAACCUGCUAGUGUAAUUAUUGCCGGCCCGUCUGGGUCUGGCAAGAGUGAAUUGGUCGAAAACCUCUUGAAAGAGAAAAAACUGUUUUAUCCCCCUCCCCAAAAGAUGGUUUACUGCUACGAUCGAUGGCAACCACGUUUUGAUCGCAUGAAAAAACACUCCAACGUUCACUUUUACAAAGGUCUUCCUCCUGAAGGAGCGUUAGUCAAAUGGUUUAAACCUGAACAUCAUGGGAUUCUCAUUCUCGAUGAUCUGAUGGAGGAAUCGGGCAAUGAUAAACGCGUGUUGGAUUUAUUUACCAAAGAUUCUCAUCAUCGUGGUAUUACCGCCUUGUAUCUAACCCAAGAUCUCUUUCCUCCCGGCAAAUUUGCCAAAACCAUCAACCGCAACGCGCAUUAUGCUAUUUGCUUCAAAAGUCCUCGUGACAAGACGGGCAUCCGUAACUUGUUGCUGCAAGUGUAUCCAGACAAAUGG